GUUUUAAGGGACUGUACUGAACCUGUAUAUUGCUUUAGGGAGUAUGGCCAUGAGUUCGCAGGUGUCCUUCAUUAACUUUAAUGAAUAUUCUACAGUUUUGCACAGAAAUGGAUGGUAUAUCUCUGGAAAACUUUCCAGUUUCGAAGUGGAGGCAGAGAUACAAACACUCAAUGGAAAUCAUAGAAGAAGGGACUAUGGAAUGUGAUGCACACAGUCCAAAGGAUGAAACAAAUGUCACAACUGAAACACAGGUGAUUUUCACCAUGAAGAUCUUCUCAGCCUCUCUCUGCUUUGGACUGCUGGCUUUGCUGUCUGUGAUAGACUUUUUAAAAUAUGCACAUGGAUGGCCACAUCUGAGCUCAGGACAGGAGCUGUUUCCAGCUAACCAACAUGCAAUUCACGAGAAACUCCUGUUGGCUCUGCUGAGACGCAACCCCAGUUUCCAGAGACCCUCCCACCCUGGUGUAGAUCUGCCCAGCAAACCAGAACACCUUAGACAGCUGAAAGAAGGGUUUAUGGAGGCAAAGAAUGCCAAACUAUCUAACACCAUAGACACCACAGAUGACAAUCUAUCCUCUCCCCACCCUAAUAAACGAGCGUGCUUUUGGAAAUACUGUGUCUGAGUCUUCUCUGGAUAAGCAAAAGAAAAGAACACUUAUAAAUAUUAAUAUUCUCUUGCUUCAAGUUUACCUUUGUUUCAAGUAUUAAUAAACUGGCUCUUAUUCUGCACCUCAUUUUUCUCACUUUCUUACCUGCUCCUACCUGGGUUAUGAUUUGCUUAAUGCUCAUGUGAUCAAGAGUGACACCGGCUGCACUAUUUAAUGGAACUGACCAUCAACAUGGCUUUAGAGCUGAAACUGAGAGUGUUAGAUUUAUUGUAUGCUUCCUAGAAACCUUCUCUCUCUCACUCUCUCUUUCUCUCUCUGCUUUAUUGUUGGCUGUCAAUAAAAAUAUUUUGAAAAGCAUCUUAGAAAUUAAAAUAAAUUACAUUGUCUCAAAUAUGUG